CCGCGGGAAAGAUACACCCUUACAACACCCCGUGCAAGAUAACACACAGGGAGGGAUGCACCAUUUCCUUAGCCCAGCCCAGUGCAGAAGCCCGCCCUGGAUGCACAGACCACCACCCUGAUGUGGGAUAAACCAACUCCCUACCCCCUCCAGCCCUGCUGCAGUAUAUAAAAAGCGCCACCCCAGUGUGGGGUAGACCACCUCCCAAGCCCUCGCCGGCUAUACACCCAGUGUGGGAUACCCUGUCUCCCUGCCCCGCUUGCCGGUGGAAUACACUCCUCCGCCUCGCAACCCUAGUGCUGGAUACGCCCGCCUGUUGCCAAUGUGGGUACUAUAGGGUAAGCGAAUCCACUGCCCGCCCCGCCGCUGUCGGGUGGUGGCGUCGGCGUUUGGGCGGAGUUUCCUCUUCGGGUGACGUUGGAGAGGGGCGGAGCCUAAUCCCCAGAUCGGUCUUUGUGGGCGGAGUCUGUGCUGCAUCAGGGCCAGUCGGCAGCUUCUGCAUCCCAGGCUCGGAGCAUCCUCAGGGCGGAGGCUGGUACCGGGGGAGCCCAGCGAACAGGAUCCCGCACCCCGACUGCAUCCGUUCAGCUGCACCAUGGCUGAGAUCGCCAGCGUCCGACCCGGUUUAGCUGCCAGUCUGCCAAGAUAUGGAAGACAACAGAUGUGCCUCCGAUUGUGGCAGGGCUUAUUGGUGCCACUGUCCUUGUGGUGUCUGUCUCAGUAACAGUAUUUGUGUGGACAUGCUGCCACCAGCAAGCAGAAAAAAAGCACAAAACGCCCCCUUACAAAUUCAUUCACAUGCUGAAAGGCAUUAGUAUCUAUCCGGAAACCUUGAGUAACAAGAAGAAGAUUAUCCGGAUCCGCAGAGACAAGAACGGCACUGUCAAGGAGACUGGAAGAGGAAACCUUUUGGUAGAUGCUGCAGAAGCUGGUUUAGUGGGCUCUGAGAAGGCACCAAAUGGGAUGAAUGCAGCCCCUUGUAUCGACCAGCUCCCAAUAAAAGUGGAUUACGGAGAUGAACUGAGUCCAGAUCAAAGCAUCACUCCAGGUGGGAGCAAAAUCUCCUCCCCAUCUUCCCCAGAAGAGGCUGUCCUGCUGGGAACACUGACUUUCUCAGUGGACUACAAUUUCCCCAAAAAAGCAUUGGUGGUGACCAUUCAAGAGGCCCAUGGGCUGCCAGUGAUGGAUGAGCACACUCAGGGCUCUGACCCCUACAUCAAGAUGACAAUUCUUCCAGACAAAAGGCAUCGAGUGAAGACUCGUGUGUUGCGCAAGACCCUGGACCCUAUCUUUGAUGAGACCUUUACCUUCUAUGGGAUCCCCUACAGCCAGCUCCAGGAUUUGGUGCUUCACUUCCUGGUGUUGAGCUUUGAUCGCUUCUCUCGAGAUGAUGUGAUUGGAGAAGUCAUGGUGCCCCUCUCUGGAGUGGAUCCAAGCACUGGAAAGGUCCAGCUAACCCGAGAGAUCAUCAAAAGGAACAUACAAAAAUGCAUCAGCAGAGGAGAGCUGCAAGUCUCACUGUCUUACCAGCCUGUUGCGCAGAGAAUGACUGUUGUGGUGCUGAAAGCUAGACAUUUACCGAAAAUGGAUAUCACUGGCCUCUCAGGUAACCCCUAUGUUAAGGUGAACGUUUAUUAUGGGAGAAAACGCAUAGCAAAAAAGAAGACCCAUGUGAAGAAGUGCACUUUGAAUCCCAUCUUCAAUGAAUCCUUCAUUUAUGAUAUCCCUGUGGAUCUCCUUCCUGACAUCAGCAUUGAAUUUCUAGUCAUCGACUUCGACCGCACCACAAAAAAUGAGGUGGUAGGUCGGCUGAUUUUGGGAGCACACAGCAUCACCACUGGUGGCGUGGAACACUGGCGAGAGGUGUGCGAGAACCCCAGAAAGCAGAUUGCCAAAUGGCACAGCCUGAGCGAAUACUAGCAGAGGCUGCUGCAGCAGCGACUGCUGGCUCAUAGAACAGACUUAAACCUUGUUUUAGUCAUAGAACUAAACUUUCGUAAGAUGCAGCUGAUUGGUUCUCAAGUGAUGUGAUUUUGCAGGGCACUAAAAUUCUUAAAAAGCAUUAAAUUUAAAAAUACCACAAAUAUAUGUAAGUGUAAUCACGCUAUUGCAUGCCUAAUACAAACUAAAAUUAGUGUAACUUAUCAAUAUCAAGUUGCAGAUUUUAAUAUUAUCUGUUACUAUGGAAGUUGUGUUUGUGCCGAACUGUCUUUGCUGGUAUUCACCACAACUGCCCUCUUUUUAUUAGGCUUCUCCCAAAGUUUCUGAAUUCUGCUGUUUAACCUCUAGUUUCUUGUUAGUUCAUCUGCCUAUAGAUUCUUGCUGUUCAGUCCUUUGAUUUGGAAGCAUUAACUGCAUUUCCAUAUAUAAAAGUUUAGAAUUCAGCAAUAGUGCAAAGAGGUACAAGGAAGAAUAGCUCUCUCCUUUUAAGAAAAAUGCCUUGUAACCUGGUAUUGGAAUAUUUCCCUUUGUGACGUAUUUGCUAUAGAGCUAUAAAGUCAUGCUUGAAGGUAAUAAACAUCUAAAAUUGAAAUAUUAGCAACCUGAUCACUUUGCUUUUGCCAUAUGGGACUUGGUUCAGGAUAAAUAUUUGGUGCAUCCCAAAUUCCCACAGAGCACAAACUGUAUUUUAUUCAACUCUGUAUAAAUAAAUGAAUAAAGGGUCCAUACAGAACAUUAUAAACUAAAUGUGUAAGAUUCAUUUUAGGGCGACUGAGGCUAAUUCUCUAAAAGGAUUUUGAAUUCUACCUAAGCAUUAUCUUUUUCUAGACUGACAGUGAAAUAUGUGAAAUUAGACAGGAAACUUUAUGCUGGAGAAAGGCUUUUAAUGAAUAUAAUCAAAUAAUUAAUGAUAUAGCCUCCUCCACAUUUGACUUGAGAUUAUAUUAAAUGUACUUCUUUAUGAUUUGUUUCUAUAACAGACAGUAUUCAAAGCAUUAGACUUAAUUUACAUUGAGAAAAAUAAAAAAACCUGUCUUCUCAAAACAUGAAUUAAACUCUCAAAUGAAAGUACAAAGCAUUCUGAACUCUCUUUACAUUUUUGGCUUCCAAGAAUUAGAAUUUGCUUACUGUCAUCUUUGGAAUUUAAAAACUUUUCUGGAUAACUGUGACUUGUAGCACUUUGUAGAACAUUUGCCUGAAUAGUCAGCAACUUCUUUGGACAGAAGGACAUGGACCCAAGUUCUGUAAAGGUAAACAAAGGGUGGAAGCAGUUGCACUAGAUCUCACUGUAAAAACACUGGUCUAAACUUUUGUACAAGAUAUCUUGAUAAAGUAAUCUGAUUUGGUUUCCUAUAACAAGUCAAUUUUUAUUUUAAACAUUAUUGGCAAGCUGAUCAUAAACAAUUAUAACAAGAGACCUAGUAAACAGCUCCUCUGCAGGGAUCUGAGUUUAUUUUUAAACACUACACAUUAAAAACAAAGAAGAAUUGAGUGGGCAGAAAGGCACACAGAAGACUGCAAGUUUUCAGUAUUCAUUUUGUUGCUUCCAUGCAGCCACUGUUCUGUGCCCUGUGGAAUGUAAAUAAUGUAUCAUAAGUAAAUUUUUAAAAAUUCAUUUAUCUGUUUACAGUACUUGAGACCACUGAAUUUUAGAGCCCUGUUGGAAAAGCAUGAUCCUCACAAUGUUCUUACUACUGAAAGUAGAAUAACUGAGCAUGUCUUAGCCUCCAGUUUCCUCUCAAGCCAUAACAUAGAGCAACGGCUGCUCGGUUGGCAAACAACCUAAGUUUUACCACCCAUUAAUCUCUCAGCAGCACUUUCUGACAAGCUGUCUUUGGAAAGUUGAAUCUUUCCACUGUCAGCUUUUGUUGCUUGUAGGAACUCCCUUAAAGAGAAAGAAAGUUUCAGUUUAGCUGUGGCUGUUAAUGGGUCCAGGACUAACAGUGAUGUUGAGACUGAAGUCCUCUCAAUAUUUCUAAGACUUGCAGUGAAGUAAAUACAGUGCGGGCUUCUCCAUAUGAUUUACCAGGACAUCUCAAUCUUGAUUCCUGCUUGAGGUUACAGUAGAUUUUGAUCUUUGUCUUAAUUCCUUUGUAGCUCUUACUCUAUUAGUGACACUCAGCCAUGAACAGGAGAACAGAUUUUCAUCUGGAAGCUGGUGUAGAUCUAUUUGAAUCUGAGUUUUUACACUGAGCAAUCUGAUUGUUAAAGGUUAGGAUCUAUCACUAUUCCUUCCACAUUCUUCCCCCACUAUAAAAAUGAUUACUUGUGUACAUUCCAUUCAAAAGUAACUAAGAGGUUCCCUUUUUGUCUUCAAUGUGAAAAGUAUACUUAAGCCUAGAUCAUCUCCUUAUUCCUAUUCCUUAGUUGAAAAAGGAAAGUAACAUCUUGUCAAGGAAAAGUGCUCAGGGUAAUUAAACUUAGGCUUAUUGGACAGAUGUGAAUAGCUCCAUUACUCCUCAAGAAUAAUGGGAAACUGAAGAUGUGCAGAUAAUUUUUCUUUGGUGUAAAAUUGACAGUUACUGACAGCUGCCUCACGGUGGCAUCUCCCAGAUGUGUUUUUUCUUUACCUUGUGUCUUCUGUUGUAAAAUUAACUUGGACAGUUACAACUUUGUGGUAAAAAAAGUUGAAAAGCGAAAAAAACUAACUUGAAAUGUGUGAAACUGCAUAAUACUGUAUGCUAAUCUACAAUAUGUAAUGCUAUCUUGUAUGUUGAAUUUGUUAACGCACGUUGAGUGUGCGAAUAAAGAUUGAUUCACUUUAAAUA